AUGGCUUCAAAGCAGUCUUUAUCAUAUGCGGAAAGGUGGUCAAUCAGGACACCUCACUUGGGUAUAUACACAAAACACCAGGUGCAGAAAGUUGAUGAAGAUGCAAUGAUUGGACAUUUAAAAGCUCAUGUAUACAACCUCACAUCCCUUGCUGUGGUUGAGGACACACAUCCUGAUGGCGCACCGAGCAUAAACGAGGAUGAGCUGCCACCCAAGCAUGAAUCAGUUGAAGUGUCAGCAGACACUCCAGAUGCCAUGAAAGUUGACCCAGAUGCUCUGGAGGUGUCUGGCAUUGGUGACUGGCAACUCCAGGUUGAUGUUCUUCAAUGCAUCAAGGGUGGCAUAACUGCGCUAUUCAAGGAGCUUAGAGGGAAACUCACUGUCUGCUCAGGCAAUUUCCCUUGGAAGAAGCUCUGCAACGACCUUGACCGUCAAGGGUUCGUCAUUGAAGACUACCCAGAGGGCAUUCUUAUGCCAGGAGAGACAUGCAGCACCAAUAUCAUCCUUGCAGAAGCCUUGAAAUGUGAAACACUGGUGAUCAAACAUGGGCCCACAGGUCCAGAGGUCAAAGACAAUAGUCGACCUGUCAUCAUUGGGGAGGCUCCCCCACCACACUCUAUUCACUUACGCAGCCGGCGGUUGCUUGCCAAUGGCAUCAUAGAUCGUGAAAAUCCAUCUUGUCUCCAGCAAAGUGCAGCAACCACCAAAGUCAGGAAGCCAAAUGACAGUGUGCCCAUCACUCCCCCCAUAGUCGUUGAGAACGAUUCUCCCACUUCUGCCAUAUUUUGUUGGAAAAACCUUGUCGUUUCGGUUGACAUACCUCCUGCAUGCCCCUUUAAGGUAGUCAGGCCACUGAAAUCAAAGGUGACACCUGCACCUUCUGACAUCAUCACUCUCAAAGAGUCCAUAAAGGCACCCUCAGGAUCUGAGAAAGAUAACUUGGAAUAUGAUAACCUUCCACAAGACGACAAGUCUGACUAUGAGGAAGAACUUCCAUCCCACAAAUGCAAGGCAAGGACCAUUGGCAGCACUCACAGACUUAAGCACCAUGUGCCAUCCAGUGAUGUCAAGUUGAUUGAGCAGCCGCAGCCCAAGGGAAAGGGAAAAGAGACUGUAUUGCAGAAGGAGAGGGCAAGGGUAUGUUAUCGUGAGCUCACCUCUGAUUCUGAAGAGGAAAAGAAGGAAGUUGAUGUGCCUUUGUGA